AUGGUCUCGCCUGGCAUGCUCGAGCACGUGCGUGGCGACGGCGAGAAUGAGGCGAAGUUGCGCGAGAAUCUGCGCCUGGCCCGUGAGGGGCGGGAUUCCAGGCGCGACCAGAACACCUCCGACAGGGUCCACGCUGUGUCCACGAUGUUGGGAGACGCCGAAGCGCUGGCGCAGCUUCGCGUGGCCAGGGGCGCCUGCGCCGUCGAGCAGUCGCCCCUCGGGAGCUACGACCCCGCGCUCCUGGAUCCUUGCCGGCGGCUGCCCGUUUGCAACGCAGUUCAGCGUCUGUGCCCUAUUCUGAUCCUCUUCUACGUGAUCAGCGGCGCUGGUCCAGUUUUUGUUCAAUUCUUACAUGAGCGGCAUCUUGUCGACUUCCACUUGGGGGAUGGCGUUAGGGCCGAGAUCUUUUUCGUCAAGAAGAAAGGUGGUCGGCUCCGCAUGGUUGCCAACUGCCGGCGUUCCAACGAGGUUUUCGCCGAGCCGCUGGGCGUCCGCCUGGCCAUCGGCGAUGCCUUCGGGCCCCUGGAGAUGGCUGACGACGACGCCCUGCUCACAGUGGAGGGCGCCGACCUGAAGGAUGCCCUCUACCACUUGGAGCUGCCGGAGGAGCUGCGCUCUUACUUCACCCUCGGGCCAGUUCGCGCUGGUGCCGGCGGCAAGAGUGCGCGGCCGCCCACCAAACUCUUCCCGCGCUUGAGGGUGGCCCCCAUGGGCUGGUCGUCGGCCAUGUGGUGGUGCCAGUCGGUGACGGAGCGCGUUGCCGAAGCUGCAGGGUGCGAUGACGCCACGCGACUUCGCGAUGGGCGGCUUGCCCCGGCGCUGAACCCCGCGCGCCACCUCGAGUACGUCGACAACUUCGUGAGCAUCGGCUACGACGCGACGGCUGCCAGGACGGCGUUCUCCAACGUCAUGAAGGAGCUCAGGCGCAGGGGCUUGGUCGUCACGCAUGAGGCGCACCUCGGUGACAACGAGGGCGAGUAUGCUGUGCUGGGGUGGUCGAUCACAAGUUCGGGCCGCCUCUCUGCUUCUUCGUCCAGGCUCUGGCGAUUUCGUCUGGCUGUCCGAGGUCUCCUACGGCGAGGUCGUGCGCCAGGCCAGGACAUCGAGCGGGUGCUGGGCCACAUCAUCUUCGUCGCCCUCGCGCGCCGCGAGGGGUUUAGCAUUCUCGAGUCGCGCUUCCGCUUCGUGCAGGAGUGCGACCACCGGGAGGUGCCCCUCUGGUCUCGGGUCAGGCAGGGGCUCAUGGCCUGGGAUGGCGUUGCCCCCUUAUUGUGGCGCGAUCUCCAUGCUCAGUGGUCGCCUUCGGUCGGCUGCGUUGGCGCCUCCCCGCGGGGGCUGGGCGCCUGCGACGCCGAGUGGGAGGUGGCCGCUGUUCGGGAGGUCGGGCGUCAUAGUGAAAGGUGGCGCUAUGGCAGGGCUGAGCGCUCGCCUCCUCGACUUCGCGUUCACUCUGCGGAGUCUGCCGCCGACGCGGUCGCAGCCUGCGGCCCGGGGCUCGAGGCGGUCUUGCCUCCGCCCGCCUGUCAGUCAGGCGACAGCCAGGCCGUCGGCCCGCCCAUGCUGUUCUCUAUCAUGUUCGGCAUGCCCUGCGGGCAUCUCGGAAUCAUGGUAAAAAGGUUGUCGUCCCGCACGGACAUAGACGUCAGCACGCGCGCGAGGGCGGCGGGGGCCUGCGCGGACAUGAGCACGGCCAUGACCUGCACGGACGAGAAGCACAUCAUCACGCACGUGGCCCGAGAACGAUCCGUAUCUUUCCAUAUGUUGUGGCUCGCGCUCUUCGCAGCCGCGCUCUCGCGCUUCCCAGUGUUGAGCUCGGCGCUCCUCCUGGGCUCUCCGCGCGCGCGACCUGCGGCAGCCUCGGACGUGCCCCCGGCAGCGGCGUCGCUGGCGCGCGCGGCGCCUGGGCCUGGCGGCCACCCGGUGGAUUGGCCUGUCCUCCGGGUUUCGUCGGAGAGCGGCCCGGGCUCGAGCGCUCCGUCUACGGCGAUCGGGGUCCUCCUCGAGAUCCACGGCCGCCCAGGCGAGGUUCACGGGCUGCAGCUUCAGGGCGCGAUGCUGGCGUCGGCGGCUGCCUCAGGAGCCCAUCGCUGCGUGUCGGCGCCGCUCCGCGCGCGCGACGUCGGCGACAUCUCGAAGCCAGGCGAGUUCGACGCCUCGGCGCGGCUGCCCCUCGACAGGCGGGCGGGCCUCGCCGGGGGGCUGCUGGUGAUGGCGGCGGCGCGGUGCCGCGCGGUGCCCCCUGCUGCCGCGCCUCUCUUCGCCGUCAGCCAGCGCGCCGUGGCGGAGGCCUGGCGCAAGGCGGCGAUGGCGCUCGGCCUGGCGAAGCUCGGGUCCAGCCACGUCUGCCAGCUGUGCCACUCGGGCCGAAGCCUCGACUACGCAGCCUCACUGAGGGACCUCGAGCACAUUGGGCGCCAGGGCUACUGGAAGUCGCGGAGCUCGGUCAGAAGGUGCGAGAUGGGCGGGCGGCCCGCCGAGUUGCUGCACCUGCUGCCCGCCGUGCAGCGCCAGCACGCCAGGGCGUGCGCCGUGAGUCUGAGCCAGUCAUGCCACUGCCUGCCCUCGCCAGGGCAGAUCGCGCCUAGCGUGGCCGCGGGGUGGUCGACGGAGCUCCCGGCGGCGCCGGUGCUGCUGGCCUUCUCGCGCGGUGUCCUCGCGGGCGGAAUUUAUUUCAACAAGUCGCCGACUUCGGCCGCCAAGGGAUUCGGCCUGCCCGACCCGCUGGCCGCAGCUCCCGCCCCCGCCGCGCUGCCCGCGCCGGCCGCGCCCCCCGCCGCCGCCGCUCCUCCAGUCGGUGGGGGCCUUGGCGCGCUGGCCGCCGCGCUCGGGGGCGGGGCCCCCGCGCCCGCGGCGGCCGCGGCGGCCCCCGCAGGCGUUGGCGGGGCCCUCGCCCCCCCCGCGGCGGCGGCAGCCGUCGGCGACCCGCGGGCGAUGGCUCUCGUGCUCGACGGGCGGGGCCUCCGCGACCUGAGCUUCGGCGACGCGCUCAAGCACUGGGCCGAGACGGUGCGUGCUGACUGGCCCGUGAAACGGCCCAGGCCCAUGCUCUGGAUCCUCGGCUUCACGCAGCGCAUGGCGGGCGGCUCCAUGCACGUCGAGCUCCAUGAGACCAUGUGCCGCGUGAUCGAGACCGCGCUAUGCCGCGAUCAGAUCGUGAUAUGUGAGCUGGCCUCCUUCGAGUACCUGGCCCACCAGCUGCAACUGGUCGAGGAGGGGGUUUGCGAGGAGCGCGCGCGGAGGACGCAGCCAGCGCCUAAGGCGAAGGCGCUGGCGAAGGAGGCCAGCCUGACCGACUUCCCCGCAGAGGUCGGGAACUUCCUCGGCACUGAUGACACUGAUGAGACGAAGGGCGAACUGCGCAUCAGCCUUGCCAUGAUGGGCUGGAUCGCGGAUCAGAUGAAGAACGAGGCGGCAGUGGCGAAGGAACGACGCAAGGCUCGCGAGGAGCGAGCCUUGCGGGCGCCAUGGCGCACCCCGAGGACGCUGACCACGAUGGGCCUCGCCAGCACGCUGUUCUUGCUCGAGAGGCUGGUCAGUCAUGCCCAGAGCCCUUCAGGGCUCCGCCUGUGGUGCAACGAGGGGUUGUCCGCUCUUAACUGGCUCCACUGCGGCAAGGACGAGCAGAGCGCGCCCAGGGAGGGCGCGCGCGCGCCCGCGGUGCAGGCGGCCUCUGUGGAGCACCUUGCCAGCCAGCACCGCGAGUUUGAGCUGCCCGCCGCCCGCUCGGCACCUGGCUGCGCUGGCGACAGCGGCCGGGGGCGCCCCUGCAGCAAGUCACUUGUGGCCUGGCCCAAGUCGACGAAGGCAGUCUCCACCGCCGACGUCGUCUCCGAGGCCGACUCCAUCGUGCUGCAGGGCUGGGGGCAGAGCAUGCUGGAUCCCGAGUCGGUCGCGGCGGAGCUUCGGGGGUCGCUGGGGGUUCUGCGCCCGCGCGUGGACCCAGAGCUUCGCCAUCGGCCGAAGCCGUGCGCCCAGUUUUUGAAGCAGCUGGAGGCCAGCGACGCGACGCUCGCGUUCGACACUCGGCUGGCCAACUGUAGCUUUGCGGCGCCGCCAGCCACCAGGCUUCCCACGCCCGGCGCGCGGGCUAGCGCCGAUUGCGACGGCAGCUUUGCGUUCGCUCAGGGCGACAUUCAGUGCGCUUUCUGUCAUUUACGCUUGCCCGCAGGGAUGGAGUCGCUGUUUCCGCUGCCCGCGAUCUCCCAUAGAUGCAUCGGUUUCAAAUCCAUCAACGGAGCCCCCAUCGGUAUCAACGACUUCGUCCAGCCUUUGGUUACUGUGGUUCCCAUGGGGUGGAGCUGGACGCUUCAUUUUGGUCAGAGUGCCUUAACUAGAGCCCUCUCCGACGUUGGUUUCCAGGAUUGCGAGAUGAUUUUGGAUGGUGGCAGCCCUCGCCCGCUGGUUCCCCCGACAGACGCGCUGUGCGCAGGAUGUGUCGACAAUUUCUGUGUUGUGUCUAAGAGCCCUGAGAUUGCCGCGCCCCGUGCCCGCGCCGUCGCCGACCUUCUCGCGGCUCGCGGCCUGCCCGCCCUCGACUUCUCGCCCGCCGUCAGCAAUGGGGGUCUUUACAGGGUGACCAAGGCGACGAGGGCGCAAACGGUCCAUCCUGGGCCCGCCAGCCUCCUGCGCGGCAGCCCGUCGGUGCUGGGGGACUCCGCCGUCUCGGCGGCGACGGGCAGGGGCUUCAAGAACAGCUCCGAGCUCGACGUCGUCCUGGCGGUGCUCCUCGCCCACUUCUUUAUCGACGGCUACGACAGCGCGACGGGCCGCAUGGCGAUGGCCGCGCUCAAGCACCACCACCCCUCGAUGCUGGCGGGGGGCAGGCCGCUGCGCAGGGCGUUUCGGUCCUUCCAGGGCUGGGCCGAGCUCGCGCCACCUCAGACACGCCUUCCAUUGCCGCGCGUCGCUAUGUUCGCGAUCGCGGGCGCGCCGCCGGCCCAGGGGCGCCUCUCGGAGGUCACUUUCGCGAGGCUCGCCUUCGACGCCUACCUCCGCCCGAGCGGGGCGCGCCGCCUCGCCGUCGCCUCGCUGAUCGCGCCGCGGAUCGGGUCGACGGAGGGCCACCAGCACUGGGCCAUCUUCGUCAGCGACGCGGCGAGCGGCAGGCCCGGCAAGGCGGGGGCGACGGACGAGAGCGCGAUCGUCGACGAUCCGCAUCUUCUCGAAGCCCUUCGGCAGGGUCGCCGCCCCGAGGCCAGCCUGCGGAGCUUCCCCCCCGACCAGGUUCGCCGGGCGCUCGAGGAUUCCCUGGUUCAGCUCCAGCUCGACGGCGAGCAGACCUCGCCGUGCUCGCUGCGCCGCGGGGGAGCGCCCGACGACCUCCUCUCGGGCCGUCGGGCGAUGAAGGAGGUGGAAGACCGAGGCCGAUGGAUGACACAUCAAUCGUUGAAAAGAUAUGCAACGCGCGCCCGGAUGAAGCAGCUUUUGGGUCAGCUCUCACCAGCCCUCGUGGACUUCGGGGACAUGGUCGAGCAGGACUUCCUCAACCUGAUGGAGGUGCAGGCACGAACGGGCAUCUUCUCGUCGCCGCUGCCGCCGCUCCUCCCCGCGACCACGCCGCCUCCAGCACGGGCGGCGCCCGUGCUGACCGACCAGUGGUCUUUCGCGCGAGGCGGCUGCGAGGGCGGGCUCGACGGCGCGCUGCCACCGCGCCGUGCCAUGUCAUAUUGUGCACGUGCACGCCGGGUCGCACACGCCGAGCUUGCGAAAUCCGCGGGCUCGGGGCGGUGGCCAUCAACCUUGCUCGGCGCCGUCAGAACGAUGCCGGUGAUCCGCAGGUACUGA